AUGCUGGUAUCCCUCUACCUGAGCCUCACCUCGGACAUCGGAAAGCUCAAAGCUGCGUCAGAACAACUCCCCAACGUUCGCGAUGACCCCGCCUUCAAAGCCCUCGCCGCUGAGCGCGACCUUGCCGCCACCGAACGCAAUGAACUCAAGCAGAAGGUUGAGGACCUAUCCCGCCGAGCCGAUGAACCGGAGAGCGGUCCUAACUACGCAGAGUUGGCACAGAAGCUCAAGGAGGAGUCUGACAGCGCCGACUGGUGGGCAGACCAAGCUAAGGCCAACGCUGAGCUCUGCGACAAGUUCAAAGGACAAGCUGAUCGCUAUUCUAUCGAGCUUAACCAGUAUGAUGUCAAGUACUCUAACAUGGAGGCGAACAAGAACGAAGCUCUCGCCCUUAAGGAUAAGGCUUACGAUGAGCUCAACCUCCAGCUCACCGAGGCUAGACAUCCUCGCCGAGCUGGGUACACCCCAUGGGAUAACCGUACUCCCGUGCGCGACGCCUCGCUACCUCCUCCAUCAUCGAACCCAUACGCCCCCGCUCCUACAGUACCGCGACCGCCGCCCGUCGCGCCCUCUACCGCCGGUGGAGGAUUCUCUUACAAACUCCCAGAACUUGAGACGUUCAAGGGCAAGGUCGACGACGACUACGAGCGGUGGCGCGAGAUGGCAGUGGCCAAGUGUCGCACAUACCCAGAGGACUGGCAAGCGGUUGACUACCUCAAGUUCCGCAUUCAAGGCGAAGCUUACGAGCACAUCCGAGAUGUCAAAGCUCGCCAUUUCCUAGAUUUCCUAGAGACUCUCGACAGCCAGUAUCUCACCUAUGAUCGGGAAGCUGACGCCGAAACCCUCAUCGCCGACGGCUCGCUCCGCUACAAGUCUGGACAGAAGUUCAUGGAGUGGAAGUCUAAGUUCACCUCUUGCAUGCGAAUCCUCAAACACAAGAACGCGACCCAGAUCCGAUACGCUCGCGAGUUCAUGCGACCCGGGUUAGCUAUCGCGACCACUGCCGGAUCUCACAAGGAUGAGACCAUCCAGUCCUUCUUGCUGCGAGCGCAACACAUCGACCAGGGACAUCAACAGAUUGACGCUGGCCGAAAAUUAACUCCCGUUACGAAGACCGCUGGUGCUAGCCGUCACAACAACGCCGCCAGCACGCAUACGUACAAGAAGAUGGCCUUCGAGCGGUCAGAGAAAGACAAGAAGCGUCUAGCUGACUUGAAGCUCUGCUUCAAAUGUGGCAAGGAUGACCAUCAGAUGAGGCACGAGACUGCCCCCUGCCGCGGCAAGCCCUUCACUCCUUCUCACCAAAUCCCCGCACUGGCUUCUUUGUACAUCAAUGCUCUCGACGCUUCCAACGAAGAGGAGCGAGACGAGGAUACUGAGGAGCCGCUGGACGACAACGACUUAGUGGAUGACGAUGGCUUCUACGUCAACGACGAGGAACUACUUGAGCAUUUAAAUUAG